AGCAGACGUGCUUUGGAGGAGCCCUCUAUGACCCAGCAACUAAAAGCAUGAUUAAACCUAAAAUAGCUCAAGACUGGGCAGACCAAGCGAAGCCCCUUGCCUCCAACUCACCGACUAAGCGGAGAAGCAGUCAAAGACCCGUUGGGAAACAUGUAGCUCCACCUUGGCUGUUGCGGCCUGGUGCAUGCCGGGCCGGG